GAGGGGUGUAGUUGGUGUGUGUGUAGCUGGGUUGUGUGUGUGUAACUGGAGGGGUGUAGUUGGCAUGUAGAUGGGGCAUGUCUGUGUGUGUGUGUGUGUGUAGCUGGGUUGUGUGUUUGUGUGUUUACACCUAGUCUCCUUGCAUCGCCAUCUCUCUCUGACUCACUAACCGGCUGCCUAUUUUUAUACCCCUCGGCGAUCAUGUGGCCUGCCCCCCUUUGCAGCUGUCCCUGGCACCAGGCCCCUGCCACACCCAUGUGUGUGAGUGUGUGUUGGUGCCAAUGUGUAUAUAUAUAACGGCACAGAUCACAACCCGACUGACUCUCCUCCGACUGCCCAGCCCAAGGACUGUCUGAUCUUCCACCCCCUCGACGACCAUGGGCAGAGUCAUCCUUCUGUGCCUGGCCGCGCUGAGCUUUGUCGGGAUCGGAGCGGCCCUGCAGUGCCUGAAAUGCGACUUCACCAUAUUUGGCAUCCCCUGCCACACCACCACCGUCACCUGCCAGGACAACCAGCUCUGCGCCAUCAUCCGGGGCCGCGCAGCCGGCCACAAGCUGAUCAUGAAGAAGAACUGCGUUGACAAGGGGAAAUGCCACACCAACGACAACUCGACCUUAGCCGGCAUCACCUACAGCACCUCCUACGAGUGCUGCGAGGGCGAAUUCUGCAACUCGGCCGCGGGUGCCGGGGCCCAGCUCUCCCUGGCUGUAGGCCUGGCCGUGCUGGGGGCCUGGCUCGCCCGGGGCCUCUAAUCCCUGCUCCGCAAGCCGGGAGGCAAGAGGAAAUCAUUUCUGUUGGGGGGGCAAAAAAAAUCCAGCCUGACCUUGCCUUUAAAUAGCCCCGCCCCUUUUCUUCUUAAAGGGGCGCUUGUUAGCCAGAGGUGAGACCCGAUCUUUGGCCUUUUCUUGGUCGUCUUCAAUCAUUAUAACCCGGGGACGAGGGGGCAAGACCCUCGGGGUCUGUCCAGAGAAGGAAAAUGGAUCCCCCUUUCUUUCAUGGUGGCCCCCCGAACGUUUUCACUCUUUGGUUCUGUUUCUUCUUGCCAAGUCUCACUCUCGGUCUGAUAAGCUACUGAUUGCUGCAUCUCCAGCUCCCAAACCCGCCCCAGCUGGCACGCUGCCAGUUUUGUAUACCCCCCCCCCCCAAAAAAAAAAACAGGCGAGCAGCUGAUUUUCCCACCUGUCCCCGCCGGCUCCCGAUGACACGGGACUGUCAAUGAGGGAGCUGUGGCCUGCGGACAGAUGCACCUUUAAGAACCGGGCGCUGCAGCACCGUCCCCUGCCUUGAGCCCCCUUGCCGCAGCUGCCAGUGCCCCAUUGGUGGCAGCGGUGGGAUCCACAGGGGCUGCAGCUGAGGUCAGACGCUCUGGCUCCAGCUGUCCAGGCCUCUGCAUUCCUCCCUCUGCCUCCCCCCCCAAACAUCUGGCCCCAAUUGUUGCCAUUGGCUGCACCUCUCAUGCUCACUGGCACUACAGACAUCUGGUGCCAGAUGUUCACUGCCUUCCACGCCAGCCCCGCCCGCACCUGGGGGCAGCACUUCUGCGCCCCAGCCCCGCCCACACCUGGCCCCACGUCUUCGCCCGGCUGCAGGGCUGGCGUCGGGGCAAUGGGGGGGGGGCUCUGCUCUUCGUCCCGAUGCUCACAGAGCUUGGGCAGGGGCAGGGGCUGGGGGGGGGGAGUGUUGUAUUGACCCCACACACUGGCAAAGCAGCUGGGUGCUGCCCCCUGCUGGCGCGCGCCGGAUCAGCGCCGCGGCUUUCUCUGCUCAUGUCCUGAAACGCGUCCAGAAUAAAUCCUGUCUCGCUCCGAGCGCUGGCGGCUGUGACUUUCCUCCCGACCGCAGCCCCCUGGUACCCCGGUCCUGCCCCCCACAGCCCUGCCGGUGCCCCUCACUCCCGACCCGCAGCCCCUGCCAGCCCAGCCCUGCCCUGCCCCCCAGCUCUGCCGGUGCC